AUGUCGCUGUGUUCGGGUGUGGGUGUACAGGCAACCGAGUCGCCCUUGAUGAUACACUGUAUUCACUGCCUGAAGAAUGCCCUCCGUUGGGUUCCAUCAGACCUCACUCACGACAUUACCCCCCCUACUUGCUCUGGAUGUUCCACGACAGCAUGCGCGCUGCGAAACAACGGCGCUACUAAGUAUCCCGUCAACAGCGAGACACUUAGCAACAAGUGCAAAAAGCUGUCCGAACAAGACGUUGUAAUCCUUAUGAGGGUCCAGGUGAACCAGCGCUAUUACUGGAAAAGCGACCUUGCCUACGAAUCUGACUCCAUGAUUAUGGCGCUCCGUAACCGCGUUCGUAAUGCAUCGAUAAGGCUCGAGGGGAAGUAUGUUGAGGGUGCCUCCAGCCCUACCUGUAACGCAAGCACUAUCAGCGACAAGGGAGAGACUAUGAGCGGCUUGGACAUCGAGAAUCUUCGUGUCAAGAUUGACAUCAGUAACUCGCUUCGGGGUAUUUUCCAGAUCCAGCACCGUCGCCAGGCUUACCGUGAAGCCGCAGCAGGCAAUCCAAGUGCCUUGGCUCACAUCGAUGCCGACAACUUCCCACCCAUUCCUCUCGCGUGGGCCCCAGCACUUUGCCUCGAAGCAUUGGUCUCGUGGGCGAUGAAGAGCCUAGUGACAACUCGAAGACAGCUGGCAAGAAGCGAGCCGCUUCUGAUGGAAGUGGAUAGGCCGCGACUUGAUGGUACUGAAAACCAGAUCCUGUGCAUUUCGAUUCGCUUUAGAAAUCGAGGAGCCAGAUGGGAGACAGCUCCGUACCAUUGCAUUCACUGCCUUGAGCACUCUGCUUGGUGGGUGCCGUCAGAUGCUAUGGAAAGCGAUGAUGUCGAGCCUUACGGCUGCUCGUGGAACAUUUGCGCAGUGCGCGGUAAAGAUGGCUCCAAGGGUUGCGACCAAUGUGACGACGACAGCAGCUGGGAACCGCUGCCGAAUGAACAGGUUCAGCUACUGGAGACCUUCCAUCUACAUCAGCUCUGUGACUGGAAGAGUGACACUUACUUCCUGAAUGACUCGCUCGUUGUUGACCUUCACCGCAAAAUCGAGCAAGCCCAUGCUCAACUUAAGCGAACCGCCUCCGCCGCCACCACCGCUGGGACUACCACGAACGGAAAUGUAGGAAGCAAUGGGGACAUUGCUCUUCAGGUUCGAAUGGACAUAGCCAAUUGCCUGCGCGAAGUCCUCGAGACUCUACAACGUCGUAGCCCCUCCUCCUGUGGCACCAUUCCCGCCUUGUCAGAAGAAGACGAGGAACCUGUUGACGACCCCAAGUCUGACAAGAGACGGACUGCGCCCCAUGCCGAUGGUAGCGGACAGAGUGAGACUGGAGGAAAGAAGCCUAGGACCAAGUAG